GCCGCCGCCGCCGGAGCUCUGUAGUAUGGCAUCGAGGAGAAUGGAGACCAAACCUGUGAUAACCUGUCUCAAAACCCUCCUCAUCAUCUACUCCUUCGUCUUCUGGAUCACUGGGGUGAUCCUGUUGGCUGUUGGAGUCUGGGGAAAGCUUACUCUGGGCACCUAUAUCUCCCUCAUUGCUGAGAACUCCACAAAUGCGCCCUAUGUGCUCAUCGGAACCGGCACCACUAUCGUCGUUUUUGGGUUGUUUGGGUGCUUUGCUACGUGCCGCGGGAGCCCAUGGAUGCUGAAACUGUAUGCCAUGUUCCUGUCACUGGUGUUCCUGGCUGAGCUUGUAGCUGGUAUUUCAGGGUUUGUAUUCCGCCAUGAGAUUAAGGACACUUUCCUGAGGACUUACAUGGAUGCCAUGCAGAACUACAACGGCAAUGAUGAGCGGAGCCGGGCUGUGGACCAUGUGCAGCGCAGCCUGAGCUGCUGUGGCGUGCAGAACUACACCAACUGGAGCACCAGCCCCUACUUCCUGGAGCACGGCAUCCCCCCCAGUUGCUGCAUGAACGAAACUGAUUGUAAUCCCCAGGAUCUCCACAAUCUGACUGUGGCUGCCACAAAAGUUAACCAGAAGGGUUGUUAUGAUCUGGUGACCAGUUUCAUGGAGACAAACAUGGGGAUCAUCGCUGGAGUGGCAUUUGGAAUCGCCUUCUCCCAGUUGAUUGGCAUGCUGCUGGCCUGCUGUCUGUCCCGGUUCAUCACGGCCAAUCAAUAUGAGAUGGUGUAAGGAGAAGUCUUUCAAGAACGUUGGAAGAAGAGACCUGUGUUAAAAAGGACCUACAGCAAUCUGAAAGACUUCUAAAGGAUGUUAGAGCACAGUGCAUAAUACACCUGCCCUGUUCCCACUUCCCCACCCCUGCGUGCAGCUGACCCUCCUACCCAGUCACUUCACCUUUCAGCCCACAUGUGUAGUGUCUUCUUGUGAAGCCCUGUUGUGCCACAGAGUGUAACCAGGUCCCCCUGCGGCUAGUCCUAGUGAACCCCACCCGAGGCCCUAUGCGUGCCAGCUCCUCCAGUGUACUUGGUCCAACUGCAGCUCAUUGUAGGUGACUGGUUAUCACACCAUCACUGGCCCCCUGGGGCCUGCAUGUAGUGUGGGAGACUCCUGUUAGCCCCUCACUGUGGUCAAUUAAUGCCACACACCUUAACAUAGAUAAGCAAAUGAUAGCUAUCUGUUCUUUUGGCUUAAUCUUGUUUGGUUUGGUUUUCCUUUACUAAGGCUCUUUCCUAUCUUCUCUAGGCUGCCUAGGACGUGUAAAGAGAUACACUGGUAAUUGUUCACAAGGAGAAAAAAAGCAUGUGUCACGCAUGAUGGAAAUUGGUGUUGAGUGUUAGGUGGCCUCCUUGCUCGUUAUUGUUCUGUAGCUGGGUGUAUAGAGACAGUUUAGUGCGCCUUUGCCUCUCAGUUGAAACCUGUAUAAUCCUGUUACAGAGCUGUGCUGUGGCUUCCUGUGACGGCAAUGAUAUUAUCUUUGGUUUUUGCCCAGUUAAUUGCUAUUGUAUUAUUUUACUUCCUUCUGUGUUUUUUCCUGCAUUGACAUUACAGACUUCCAGGGCCUCAUCAGAUCAAUUUAAAAAAUGAGUGUGAAGGGGGGACAAAAGUCAAAAUAUUUUUAAAAGAUCUUCAAAAACAAUGCCUCUGUCCAGCAUGCCAACAAGAAUGCGUUGAUAUCGUGAGCAUUUGUGUUAUACGUAUUAAUAAAUAGAGCAGUUACAAA